AUGGGUAAUUCAGGCUCGAAACCAUCUAAAAAGGCUAGCAAGUCUAAGAAAAUAGAAUCUGCGUCUUCCAAUGGAUCUAAAUCCAGGAGUAGCUCGAAAGCAAGUGAGGUGAGUUCGAAAAAGGAUACUUCGCCUCAAUUGCAAAAAAGUGAUACCAUGCAAUCAAAUAAAUCAGGAAGGUCCAUCAGAUCGUUGAAAUCAAGGCGAUCUCAAUCUCAGCUGCAAUCGCCGUCUAAUCCAGGAACGCCGAAGCUUUCGGCUAAUAACCACGAAACAUCCCUGAGCAGGAAAAAUAGCAGUACGCUUCCUUUGUCACGACACGGUUCCAGUCAAAGUGCAUCAAAGGAAGACGAGAGAAAUGGGCAAACACUUAAGACUGCGAGAUCUUCCAGUUUUUCAACGACCGGCGAUUUGCCCCCUUCAAUGGUUCAGAUGGCUCCAAAGACCCCAAUUUUAAAAGGGUCUACUAACAACCCGCUGUACUAUGAGAAUGCAUUAACUGAUGAUGAUUACGAUGAUAACAAUGAUGAUUCGAUAUCUUAUAAAUCAUCUUCAUCACGCCACCGCUCCAGUGCUCGCCGUGCCAGUUCGUCUUCAAGGAGAAGGUCUAAUGGUAGUGCGCAUCAUUUGGAAGUGCCGCAGUCUGGAAACAGCAUAAGCAUGGUAAACCAUGGAAAUAGCACAAGUGGGUCACCAAUCCAGAUGAGCAGGUCUUCAUCUAGAUCGAGCACUCAUAGUCGGAAAUCUUCAAUGUCAAUGGGUCAAUAUAGCACACCAAUGGCGUCUCCUGGGCUAAAUGCAAUGGAUCCCGAUGUCCAGGACUACUUUGAUACAGCUGGAGCAAGCCAAAGAGAAAUCGAUGACGGCAAUGGGAAUGAUUACCGAGGUGUAUCUAACGGAGGUACAGAUGAUCAUCCAGAAGGGCUUGGAAAUGAUGUUGAACUGAACGCGGAAGGUAAGCCUAAGAAAAAGAAACCGAUUAAGCCCAUAGAUAUUGAUGAAACAAUUCAAAAAUUGUUGGAUGCCGGUUAUUCUGCGAAGAAAACAAGGUCAGUAGCAUUGAAAAACUCAGAAAUCACGCAGAUAUGUCAAAUGGCACGGGAAAUAUUCCUCUCACAGCCGUCUUUGUUAGAACUAUCACCACCGGUUAAAAUUGUGGGCGAUGUUCACGGACAAUACGCAGACUUGUUAAGAUUAUUCACAAAAUGUGGUUUCCCACCAUCAGCUAAUUACCUUUUCCUAGGCGAUUAUGUUGAUCGUGGUAAACAGUCAUUAGAGACAAUUCUGCUCUUACUUUGCUAUAAAAUCAAAUACCCUGAAAACUUUUUCUUGUUAAGAGGUAAUCAUGAAUGCGCAAACGUCACAAGAGUUUACGGUUUCUAUGAUGAAUGUAAAAGACGGUGUAAUAUCAAAACUUGGAAAACAUUCAUUGACACAUUUAACGCAUUGCCCCUAGCUGCGAUCGUAGCCGGGAAGAUUUUCUGUGUUCAUGGAGGAUUAUCACCAGUAUUGAAUUCAAUGGAUGAAAUUAGACACGUAAGCAGACCUACUGAUGUUCCAGACUUUGGUCUAAUCAAUGACCUUUUAUGGUCGGAUCCAACAGAUUCUCCAAAUGAGUGGGAAGACAACGAACGUGGUGUGUCUUACUGUUACAAUAAGGUUGCGAUCAACAAAUUUUUGAAUAAGUUUGGCUUUGAUUUAGUUUGUAGAGCACAUAUGGUCGUCGAAGACGGCUACGAGUUUUUCAAUGAUAGAAGUUUGGUAACGGUAUUUUCUGCUCCAAAUUACUGCGGAGAAUUUGAUAACUGGGGUGCAGUAAUGAGCGUGAGCGAAGGUUUAUUGUGUUCGUUCGAGUUGUUAGAACCUCUAGAUAGUACCGCAUUGAAACAAGUCAUGAAGAAGGGCAGACAAGAAAGAAAGCUAGCCAAUCAACAACAACAACAACAACAACAACAGCAACUGGAACAAAUACAAGAGUGA